CUGGAAAUGAUGCCUAAUCAUGGAGGGACGGUCGAUGAGAUGAUUAAUGAUUUAAGUAAGUUACAGAAGAAGCAGAUGAAGGAGAUUGAGAAGAUGAUUGAGUAUGAGAAAUAAAAUGCAAGAAAUUAGAGAGGAAAAUGAGAAUAAGAUUAAGAGACAGCAAGAGAUCGAGAAGCGCAAAGAGAAAAUGAUAUUUCUGAAACAAAAGGAGAAGCUUCUUCAGGAACAGAAAGAAGCAGAAAUCCGAGAGGAAAAGCAAAGGAAGAAAAUAAAGCAGAUGGAAGCUCAAGAACGUGAGCGAGAACGCCAGGAGGCUGAGAAAGAAAGACGCCAGAAAGAACUAGAACUUGAAAUGCAAAAAGAACAGAAAAGAAAGAAUGAAGAACUCAAGAAAAAGCAAGAAGAGUUUCAUAAACAACUAGAGGAGAAGCAUCUACAAAAACAAAAGGAACUAGAAAUACGUAAAAAGGAGCUUGAUAAAAGAGAACAGAAGCGUAUCCAAGCCUUAGAAGAGAAGCAGCAACAAAAAGCUCUGGAAACUCAAGAAAAACGUUUAGAAAAAGAACGCAAACUUGAACAGAAUAAGAAGAACCAGAUGAAGAUCUUAGAAGCUCAAAGGAAAGAAUUUCUAGAAAAAGAACAAAAAGCCGAACAAAAAUUAGAGAAUUUCAAAGGACAAAGAGAUAAGGAAUAUGAAAACCGAAGAAAAGAAGCAGAGAAGAAAUCUGAAACCAUCAAGAAAGUACUCUCUCAGAAUGAAAAGCUGCUUAAGAAGAGGAGAAAGGAUAUCUUACUCAAAGAAAAGGAAUCCGAGCUUAGGAAGAAUGAAGUUCUAGCUCUGAAAGAAGAAGAACACAAGAAAAAGAAGAAAGAACUACAGGUCAAAGAAAAGCACCGUAAACAAGUUCUAGAUCAUAACUACGAGAUUGAGCAACAAGAGAAAAAGAGGAUUCUAGCCAAGAUCGAGGAAGAUGAACACAAAUUUGAGAAAGCACUUAAGGAUCGAGAGGCUUAUCUGACCCAAAAAUAAAGAAACCGAUAAGCGUAAGCGUAAGGAACGUGAAAAGAACGUUAAGAAAAUUCAUAAAAUGCAAGAUAAGGAGAAAGAGGAGAUCCUUAAACGUAUCCAAGAAGAUGAUGAAAAAGCAGAAGCGAUCAAAAAGGAAAGAAACCAGAUUCUACAAAUCAGAAAUCAAAUGCGUAUCGAAGCUGACCUGAUGAAGACUGAAAUGAAAGAAUACUUUGAAAAACUUCAAAACAAACAAGUCUCCCUAGAAGGUGCAAAGGAAAUGAUGGAGAACUUUUCGAAAAAAUUUGAGGAAAAGCAGAAGAAGCUUAAAUAAAAUCUCAAGUAGUCAGGGAAGUACCCCAGUCAAAUCAAAAGCUAAACCACAGGCGAAGUCACAGGUGAAGAAGAAAAUUGAUGUAGAGAAGGACACCAAGAAACCGACUAAGAAAAAGAAGAGCUAUACCCCAAUGAGUGAAGAAGAUAUUAAGAAAAGUUUAGAUGAACUCGCCAGAAAACAAAGUGAGGAACUUAUGCAAGUUAUUGAGCAAGAAGAGCAGAAAGAAGAGGAGAGGAAUAUCAAUCUGCAGAACUCAGAACCAUCUACGCAUGAUAGUCUUGAGUUAGAGUAUGGUGUUGAGAGAGGUAAAGCGAGUGACAGGAUUCAGAAGUUAGCUAAAAAGCAUGAUAAGAAUCUUGUAGAGUUAGAAAAGAGACUUAGAGGAGUUGUAUAAUUAAAUAUACACAAUAUUCAAUUUUA